AUGAUACUCGGGAGAAUACGUAACAUACACACAGAUUGUAAUCCCGCAGUUGUUGAAUGCUGCCAUUUCAGAUUAGCCAAUUGCUCGUCGAAUAUCGUGGUUACUCCCCCCAACACCAGCACAGUCUCAAUCAUCCCUUCUGCUCAGCCCCAUACUCAACGGCCCGGCCCGUCACUCAAUCCUCUGCCCUUCCCCUAUACUCAACGGCCCGUCACUCAAUCCUCUGCCCUUCCCCUAUACUCAACGGCCCGUCACAAUCCUCUGCCCUUCCCCUAUACUCAACGGCCCGUCACUCAAUCCUCUGCCCUUCCCCUAUACUCAACGGCCCGUCACAAUCCUCUGCCCUUCCCCUAUACUCAACGGCCCGUCACUCAAUCCUCUGCCCUUCCCCUAUACUCAACGGCCCGUCACUCAAUCCUUCACCCUUCCCCUAUACUCAACGGCCCGUCACUCAAUCCUCUGCCCUUCCCCUAUACUCAACGGCCCGUCACUCAAUCCUCUGCCCUUCCCCUAUACUCAACGGCCCGUCACUCAAUCCUCUGCCCUUCCCCUAUACUCAACGGCCCGUCACUCAAUCCUCUGCCCUUCCCCUAUACUCAACGGCCCGUCACUCAAUCCUCUGCCCUUCCCCUAUACUCAACAGCCCGUCACAAUCCUCUGCCCUUCCCCUAUACUCAACGGCCCGUCACUCAAUCCUCCGCCCUUCCCCUAUACUCAACGGCCCGUCACUCAAUCCUCUGCCCUUCCCCUAUACUCAACGGCCCGUCACAAUCCUCUGCCCUUCCCCUAUACUCAACGGCCCGUCACUCAAUCCUCUGCCCUUCCCCUAUACUCAACGGCCCGUCACUCAAUCCUUCACCCUUCCCCUAUACUCAACGGCCCGUCACUCAAUCCUCCGCCCUUCCCCUAUACUCAACGGCCCGUCACUCAAUCCUCCGCCCUUCCCCCGUACUCAACAGCCCGUCACUCAAUCCUCCGCCCUUCCCCUGUACUCAACAGCCCGUCACUCAAUCCUCCGCCCUUCCCCUGUACUCAACAGCCCGUCACUCAAUCCUCCGCCCUCAGCCCGUCACUCAAUCCUCCGCCCUUCCCCCGUACUCAACAGCCUGUCACUCAUUCCUCCACCCCGCCCCCAUAACAGCCCGUCACUCAUUCCUCCACCCCGCCCCCAUAACAGCCCGUCACUCAUUCCUCCACCCCGCCCCCAUAACAGCCCGUCACUCAUUCCUCCACCCAGCCCCCAUAACAGCCCGUCACUCAUUCCUCCACCCCGCCCCCAUAACAGCCCGUCACUCAUUCCUCCACCCCGCCCCCAUAACAGCCCGUCACUCAUUCCUCCACCCCGCCCCCAUAACAGCCCGUCACUCAUUCCUCCACCCCGCCCCCAUAACAGCCCGUCACUCAUUCCUCCACCCCGCCCCCAUAACAGCCCGUCACUCAUUCCUCCGCCCCGCCCCUCUCCGUUCUCACCAUUCGCUCCGCUCCACGCCCAUCGUAGCCGGACUGUCAUUCGCACAUCUGUGUCGUCACUCGCUCAGCUCCGCCCCGCCCUUUUUCUCUCACUCACACCGUUGUUGACCGUGUUUUUAAGUCCUCUGAUCGGGAGCCGAGAGUUGAUGUCACCACUAGCGCUGGUUGUGACGUCACAGCGAGCGAUGCCGUCAAAUGUUGACGUCAGCAUCUCGUGGCUGCCUUGGUACAGAAAGGCAGAAAGAACUCCUCCGAGUUCAACAGGCUUUGAUGCCAUUCACAAUCUAUUUCAACUAUUUGCCUGAUGUCUCAUAUUAUCAAGUGUAUCAGUCCUAUAAAAUCAGGCUGUGAGGAAGGAAGAGGUUCUGGAGUGGCCUCAAGGAAAUAAGGACACGCUGAGAGAGUUGGCAAGAGUAUGGCAGAUGUAUGGUUAUCCACUUUGGAACACAAAACAGAAAAUUGUUACGUAGAAAAAGUGAUGCUAGGUGAUGUGCAUGUGGUGUUGGUGGGGUAAGUUAAUGGGUGAAGCUGUUGAUCGGCCUGGCGGCUUGAGGGAAGUAACUUGUUUUUCAGUCCAAGUGGGUCCUGGGUGGAUGUUGGGUAGACUCCUCACUGAUAGGAGUCAAAUAAACAGAGUGGAUGUCAUCCUUACCUUUACAAAUAAAGAUCUAUUUGCCAUUGA